CAGCAAUUGUGAGUGUUGUAAGGGGGAACGAGCGGGUCCGCCGCGGGGAGCCUGAGGGCAGAUCCAGCCUGGGCGAGUCCGUGCCGCGAGCUUUACGUUGGCUAAGGCCGGCUGACCAGGCGAUCACCACCAGUUCACCAGUUCCACCGUGCCUCAGGCCAUACAGCACAUCUCCCUCGUCCUCGACGCCUGCCUCCUUCUCUCAAGCGACGACUUGUUGACUAUCGUGUCCUUUGCUACUAGUUAUUGUGUCCAUGUGGCGAUCAACUUCGUGCUUGCGGCUGAGCGCCGCGGGCAAGCGAACUACGACGACCAUCUCUGAAGGCUCGCUCGCGCGGAGGAGCAAAAUUGAACAUUGGUCGCAUAGUAGGGCAAUCUCGACUACUUCAGCACCGGAGGUUGUGCGCGGACAUGCCUCCUCGAGACAAGCCUCAGGCGCGGCAGCUGUGAAACUCAAGCCCCUUCCAUCAGGGACCUCAGACCAACACGGCGCCGUCGCACGUACCGACGUACCGACCAGUAGGAUCGACGACCGGAAAGUGGUAGUGGGAUGGGACACGCAGACAUGGUCGCGAUACCAUCAUAUCUGGCUCAGAGACCACUGUAGAUGUCCACAGUGUUUCCACCCGGUCACGAAACAACGUCUUGUGAACACAUUCGAGAUCCCAUUUGAUGUCAAGCCAGUCGCUGUCGAGUCGAAGCCUGAGGGCCUAGAAGUGACUUGGCCAUCCUCACAACCCCACACCUCUUUCUACCCUUGGUCUUGGUUGCGACGGAACUCCUACGACCCACCACUGGCCCGCCCUCCCCCUGUAGAGAAGAUCUUAUGGGGCACGAAGAUACUCCAGGAUCCGCCAACUGUGACUUACGAGCAAGUGAUGGCUGAGGACGAGCGGGGUCUCUUCAAGUGGCUGUCCAACGUUGACAAAUUCGGCUUUUGCUUCGUCUCCGGCGUCCCGCCUACACCUGAGGCAACCGAGGAACUCUCGCGGCGUAUCGGUUUCAUUCGGGAGACGCAAUACGGGACAUUCUGGGACUUCACGUCGGACCUCGCGAAGGGCGACACUGCGUACACUACGCUCGCUUUGGGAGCGCAUACGGACACGACAUACUAUACAGACCCUUGCGGUCUCCAGCUAUUCCACCUCCUCGAGCAUACGGGCGGCUCUGGCGGCGCGACACUGCUCGUGGAUGGCUUCUACGUCGCCUCGAUCCUGAAGGAGCUCCAUCCCACAGCGUAUGACCUGCUCGCGGGCGUCCGGGUGCCGUCCCAUGCAGCAGGCGAGCCGAGCGCACUGUACACGCCGACGCCCCGCUCAGGCUAUCCCAUUCUCAGACACUCACACUCAGACGGCGAACUGACCCAGGUGCGGUGGAACAACGACGACCGUAGCGUCAUGAGCAAUCUAGAGCCCAGUAUGGUCGAGGAAUGGUACGACGCGAUCAGGAAAUGGCACAAACUCUUGACGAGCGCGGAUUCUGAGUACUGGAUCCAGCUAUCCCCAGGAACAGCAGUCGUUGUCGACAACCAUCGCGUACUUCACGGCCGCUCAGCGUUCACAGGCAAGCGCCGCAUGUGCGGGGCGUACAUCGGCGUCGAUGAGUAUCGUUCGAAGCUUGCAGUCCUGAGUGAGAAGUUCGCCCCUGAUGAUGUCGUGCGCGACACAUCCGCUUAUGCCAGUGUGAAUGGGAGGAGCCUCUGGAACCCCGCUCUGUGAAGUUCUGAUUCUACUGUAUGAUAUCUGUAACAGUCAUACUUACGAACCCCCGCAACUGCGAUGGACCGGCCUCUGGGGUGGCAAAGGAGAAUGUCCCUUCAAUAUCGAAGGCUGGAGGCCAAGUCACCCCCGGUGUGUUGUCGAGGAUGUCCGUGCGACAAUCAUCGACCCGGACAAGACCGCUUGUAUGGCUCGUUUGACUGUAAUUCGACGUGUCGGUGUUACUGGACAGUCCACAAAUCAUCCAAGCCGGCUCUGCCGCCUCAUCGUGCGAUGCUUUGGCAGCCCCUCAGGUCUGUGUCAG